CGCCGCGUGCGUUUCGUCUUUGCUCCUUUUAAUGCAGUUUUUCGUUUUUCUGAAUGCACGUUUUUCACCACAUACAUUCAAAUUUUUCAAUAUUCAAAAAUUAAUUAAUUUUAAUUAUCCCCAUCGAAAAUUUUUUUUUUGACAUUUUAAAACAAAUUUUAUUCUCCUCACAAAAAAAAUUAAUUCACGAAAAAUUUUUUAAUUGAAAAAUAAAAAAAAAGGAUUAAAUAAUAUUUAAUUAAUUCGUAAAAUUUUGGAAAUUAAAAAAAAAUAAAUAAAUAAACUGUGAUUUAUUGGUGUGUAGGUGAGUCAAGAUAUUUAUCUCGGGGGUGCUACUGCAAGUGUCUGGUGGAUAUAAGUGGAGGUGCAACCUCCGAAAACUAAAGAAGAUUGUCGUUUCCUCUGGAGGCAAUCAGAAGACAGUCAAGAUCCAUUGCUGCCAGGAAAUGUCGGAAAGUCAAGUUUGUCAUCGGAACCGGUCAUGACAGGAACAUACCGGAGAUCGGUGAGUACAGAAAGCACAGGAGAAGAUGAGGAUAACGUCAGGGGUGUGGAAACCCCUAAUGAAGGGAUUGGUAACGAGGUAGAAUAUCACUACCAGAUGACAAUGUCAGGUAGCUCGAGGGGCUACUCCACUGUCGGGGGUUAUCCCCAUGGGGUCGACCAACACCUCAACUUUGACCCUGAAGAUCCACCACCUGCUCCACCAUCUCUUCAAACACAAUCCUCCGUUCAUCAAACAAUGCACUUUCUUGAUAAGCCGGAAAUCGACAAAAAAGUCAAGAGACACAGUAUCCACGGAAUGAUGGAAGAGGAGAACGUGAUAAGGCCUCACCAGGAAAUGGGCAGUCUCUCAUUAGAUGAAAAGAAAUUUCUCUUAGCCGUUGAACGAGGAGAUGUUGCUUCGGUUAGAAGAAUGUUGCAGAGGGCCCAGGAGACAGAUUAUAUAAAUGUGAAUUGUGUGGAUCCGUUAGGAAGGACUGCGCUGCUUAUGGCAAUAGAUAACGAGAAUUUAGAGAUGGUGGAGCUGUUAAUCGAAUAUAAAGUAGACACAAAAGACGCGUUACUUCACGCAAUUUCCGAGGAAUUUGUUGAAGCUGUCGAGGUCCUUUUGGAACACGAGGAAACAAUUCCACGACCAAGUGGAGCACCACACGUAAGCAGUCCUGUAUCGCCUGCUUGCAAUAUGCCCGAUUGUAGUCUUAGUUGGGAAGCUUUACCGGCUGAUACUGCAACUUUCACGCCGGAUAUAACACCUCUGAUCCUCUCUGCUCACAGAGAUAAUUACGAGAUAAUAAAGAUCCUUCUCGAUCGUGGAUCCACUUUACCAAUGCCCCAUGACGUUCGUUGCGGAUGUGAUGAGUGCGUACAAUCAAGAAUCGAUGAUUCUCUACGACAUUCCAGGAGUAGGAUAAACGCCUAUCGUGCAUUGGCUUCACCGUCAUUAAUCGCCUUGUCCUCUAAGGACCCCAUCUUAACGGCCUUUGAACUCUCCUGGGAGCUUCGUCGUCUUUCCUUUCUCGAGCAUGAAUUCAAGUGCGAGUACCAGGAGCUUAGAAAACAAUGUCAAGACUUUGCCACUGCCUUACUGGACCACACGAGAAGUUCACGGGAACUUGAAAUCCUUUUGAAUCACGAUGCAAAGGGGCCUACUUAUGAGCAUGGGGAAAGGAUGCACCUGAGUCGACUUAAGUUAGCUAUUAAACUUCGUCAGAAAAAGUUCGUCGCGCAUCCAAAUGUUCAGCAAUUGUUGGCAUCGAUUUGGUACGAGGGCCUUCCGGGCUUUCGAAGGAAGAAUAUGUUUCUUCAGGCUGUGCAAAUCGUCCGUAUUGGAAUGUUCUUUCCACUAUAUAGUGUGGCCUAUAUAAUAGCCCCUCACAGCACUAUCGGUCUAACCAUGAGGAAGCCGUUCAUCAAAUUUAUCUGCCACUCUGCUUCCUAUUUUACAUUUUUAUUCAUGUUAAUUUUAGCCAGUCAGAGGAUUGAAAGUGUAAUUGGAAAUUGGAUGGGAAAUGUAUUUCCUUCCGAGGAACACGAUCCAACGCCAACUAAACGAGGAGCUGCUCCCACAAUAGUCGAAUGGUUAAUAUUGGCCUGGGUUUCCGGACUGAUUUGGUCGGAGGUAAAGCAAUUGUGGGACGUGGGCCUUGAAGAGUACGUGAACGACAUGUGGAAUGUGAUCGACUUUGUAACGAACUCGUUGUACGUGGCAACCGUUGCAUUGAGGGUGGUCGCUUACUAUAGGGUACAAAAAGAAAAUGAGGGUCGUGAAGCUGGAUCCAUCAUAGAACUUCAACGAGAAGAUUGGGACACUUGGGAUCCAAUGCUUAUAUCCGAAGGACUUUUUUCAGCUGCCAAUAUAUUCAGUUCAUUGAAGUUGGUGUACAUUUUUUCUGUGAAUCCACAUUUGGGACCGUUACAAGUUUCUCUAUCGCGAAUGGUGAUGGAUAUUAUGAAAUUCUUCUUUCUCUACGUUUUGGUCCUGUUUGCUUUCUCUUGUGGACUCAAUCAACUUUUAUGGUACUAUGCGGAUUUGGAGAAGAAAAAGUGUCCCACUGCCUCGGCUUAUCCUCAGAAUGCAAAUGUAACCAAUAUGGAUCCAAAUGCAUGCAUCGUAUGGCGCAGAUUUGCAAAUUUGUUCGAGACGAUACAAACGCUUUUUUGGGCUGUAUUCGGAUUGGUGGACCUUGAGAGCUUCGAAUUGGAUGGUAUCAAAAUAUUCACUCGAUUUUGGGGAAUGCUCAUGUUUGGCACCUACUCUGUUAUUAAUAUUGUCGUUUUAUUGAAUCUUUUAAUCGCCAUGAUGAAUCACUCCUAUCAAUUAAUUUCGGAACGCGCUGAUAUUGAAUGGAAAUUUGCGAGGAGUAAAUUAUGGAUAAGUUAUUUUGAAGAAGGUGGAACAGUACCACCACCAUUCAAUAUUAUACCAACACCAAAAAGUGCCGGUUAUGUUUUAAUGUGGAUUUAUCGAAAAGUAUGUGGACAUAGUAGAGCAGCAAAAAAGGAGCAUAUGCGUACAAUUAGGAACAGAAAAAACAUAUGGAAAAUUCUAGGGAUUACAGAUUUCAUCACAGGAGCAAUUCUAUUUUUCCAGAGAAAACAGAAGCAGGCGUCGGAGCGUGAUUUCCGGUAUCAACAAAUAAUGAGGAAUCUUGUAAGACGUUACGUGACAGUCGAACAAAGAAGAACUGAGGGUGAAGGUGUCACUGAGGAUGAUGUCAAUGAAAUCAAACAGGACAUUAGCGCAUUUCGUUGUGAGCUUAUCGAGAUUUUGAAAAAUUCUGGAAUGAAUACAUCAACUGCCUCGGGGGCGACUGUAGACGGUAGCGUGAAAGAGUUGUCCAUAGGUGCUGGUGGUAAGAAAAAUCGUCAAAAAGAAAGAAGACUGAUGAAGGGUUUUAAUAUUGCUCCACAACCAUCGGGCAGUGGACAAUUACCGCCAGUUGCUGAAUUCACUGCAUCAUUGGAACAUUCACACGAUGAACAAUCACAUGAACUAUUUGGCAGUACAUUGAGCGGUAUAUUUGGUUCGAGUAUCGCGCCAAAAAGACAUCAUCACAUCAGUACAAAUAGUGUACCGGGACUUGCCACUGGAACAAGAAAUAAUCGCGAGUCAAGAAGUGAUUCGAAAAAACGUCGCUGGGGAACAAUUAUUGAAGCUGCCAAAGCCGGUAGAGUCUCCAGGCUAAUUGGAAGAUCACGUUCGGAGGAUUCGGUAUAUUCUCCAGGAUCAGAUGAAGGUGGAUCAAGAUCGGAGGGAUCGUCGGAUUCAAAGUCUUCCUUGGAUGCACCAUCGCAGGAUUCACAUCCACAUCAUCCACAUCAUAUGCAUCAUUCGUCACAACAACAAGAGAGCCACCACGUGUUCGGACAUGGACUUGGUCCUGCUUUUGCCGCAUUAAAAAAGAAGCGAAAAAAAUUUUCCACCUCACGUUCAUCAACGCCAUCGGUGUCAAGUACAACGACACCAGUUGAAAGUGUUGUACAACCAAUUGCCUCAGUUUUGGCAUCGAGAAUAUCACGAUUGCAAUUGCAACGAGCAAGCAGUGUACCCACUCGAAGUCCCGAUCUUGCAAUGCAAUCGAUUCCAACGCGAAGUCACGAGGUCACACAGAGUCAGCAACCGAGUCUCGAUACUGCCGAGUCAUUUAAUCCAAAUGAUCAAGGUAUGUCAGUUAGCGCGAUUCCGUUAACACCAUCGACAACUGAGGAGAGUGUUGUCACAUCGGGUAAUUUAUCAUCAACGGGGCUCAAUAAGAAAAAUGGCUCAGCAACACAACUACAACGUAUAUUGCCAGGCAUCGAUCCUAUUGCUGGACAUGACACAACAUCCGGUUGGCUUUGAUGGCGGUACGAGAACAUUAAAUCUUCAUAUCGCUCUCGAGGCUAAUCAUCAAUAAACACACAUAUAUACCUACAUAUAUAUAUAUAUUCUCCAGUUGACCCUGUGUGGCUAUCAAAAUGUGGUGAGAAAAUUUCUAAUAGGUUGCGGGUGGGGGAGGGAGGGGGGUGAAUAUUGAACCUUUCUCCAUCCCCUCGCCAUCAUCAAUAGACGCACAAUGAUGCCUUCGUGACAACGUGCGCUUCGUGACUGCGCUGUCUAUCAAAUUACCAAAAAAAAAAAUCUCUAGUCUUACUCUUUUAAUCUCGACUAAAUAUUGACUCUUUUUAAAACGAUUUUUCUUGUCUUUACUGAAAAUUUAUCCUUAUUAUCAAAAAUUGACGAUUUUCCAUGUUUUUUUUAGACAUUUUUUUUUGCAGUUAUUCAGUCAAACGAGAUUUUGGGAUUUUUUUCGAAAUUAUUCAAAUCGCGACUUCCGGAUGAGAUUAUAGUUCUGCAAUCGAUCCAUAGGAUACAGAACGAAUUUCAAGGUUUGGAAAUUUUAUUUAUGAAUAGUAAUUUAGAUAAUUAAUUCGGAAAUCAAAUUUUUAAUUUCAUAUUUAUUACUAAUAACUCAAUAAUUAAAAUUCGGUGAAAUUUUUAUAGUUUUAGAAAAUUCCAUUCAAAAAUCAUGAAAUAAUUUUUUCAUCGUAAUUUUAAAAAUAAAAUCAAAAAUUUAUCCUGAUUAAUCAAAAAAAAACUUGUUGCAUAAAUGUCGUAUAUAAAUUAUAUAUAUAAUUAUAAAACCACGAUAAAAAAAAAGAGGGAAAAUUUACAAAAUUUCUUCAAGUUAUUGUGGAUUUGUGAUAAUAUUCGUAUUUAAGAUCGGGUAUUAUUUUUCUUCAAAGAAAGAAAUCUUUUCAAAUUUCCGUAGAAUUUUCCAAAUUUCCGCAGAAUUUUUCGCAAAAAAUGUUUUUUUUUCUUCUAAAUUUUACCAAAAAAAAAAAAAAAAUGCAAACUGCAGAAUAAAUAAAUUCUGUAAAUCGUAUAUUAUAUAACAUUGUAAAAUAUUACACAGUAAUAAAUAUAUAUAGAUAACUUGAUACUGCCACAAGGGGAAUGUCGCUUAGACCGAUAGAAAAUGAGA